UAAUAAUCUCAAACAAACUACAUUAAUCUUAAUCUCACACCAAACUUUACUAAUCCUUUGAAUAAUCAUGGUUAUACACUAUUCAAAUCCAUUAAGAUUCCUCUGUUUCUUCUUUCUUUUGAUCCUCAUCUUGAAUCUAAACCACAAAUCUGUAUUUGGUGAGGAUAAUUCAGAAGUUUUAGACGCUUGUAACGAAGAUUUAACGACGUUUCUUCCAGUUCCGUUCGGGAAUAUCUCGACUAAUUUGGGUUGUCACAGGAUCUGGAAUACUUUCAUAUUACGAUUCUCUCAGGAUGAGAAGCAUGUAGUGAAUAUCAUUUUAUCUGCUGAAUACACGAACGGAUGGGUUGGAAUUGGGUUUUCGAAGGAUGGAACCAUGGUGGGAUCUAGUGCAAUGGUUGGUUGGAUCAGCAAACUAGGCCGAGCAGUUAUAAAGCAGUACUACUUGCGCGGCUAUUCAAAGUCGGAAGUCAUUCCGAACAAAGGCGAAUUACCACUCACUAAUAUCCCACCAGCAAUUGUUGUUUACGGAGCUAAAAUUUACUUAGCAUUUCAGUUGAAGUUUGAUGACCGUCUUUCGGAGCAACCGAUUAUAUUAGCUUUUGGAUCUGCAACACCGGUCCAUAGCAAGUUAUCAAAGCACGAUGAUAAGACGACAAUUCGGUUUGAUUUCUCCAGAGGUAUUGAUCAAGCAGCGAGUAGCCAAAAUGCGACUGCGAUUAAACCUCCAAACAUUGAGAAGAUGAAGAGGAGUCAUGGAGCAUUAGCUUUAAUUGGAUGGGGUGUGAUGCUUCCUGCCGGGACAAUGGUUGCAAGACAUUAUCGCCAUUGGGUUCGAAAAUGGUACUAUCUACAUACACUUAUCCAGCUUGUAGGAUUUCUUAUAGGACUUGCUGCUAUUGUGUCUGGAAAGGUGCUCUAUGAUAGAGCACACAUCAAUUUCGCAGCGCAUAGAGGCAUUGGAAUCUUUGUUUUCGUGCUUACGAUUCUCCAGGUAUUAGCAUUCUUUGUUCUACCUGACAAGGAUUCAAAGAUACGUCGAUACUGGAACUGGUACCACCAUUGGUUUGGAAGGCUAAUUCUAGUCAUGGGUGUCGUGAAUAUUGGUAUAGGAUCUUGUGGAGAAGAUGGAGAUUGUUCGUUUGGACGAAUAUCGUUUCCGAUUUUGAUAAUCGUUUACUUAGCCUGCACAAUUUUAGAAAUCGUUUCAUGUUUUGGAGCACAUAGUCGUAAACAUGUCGAGGAUAUUAGUGAUCCGACUGUCGAAGUAAAUCAAUUUUGAUAGUAGGAACAUUCAGAUAUGCAAACGGUACGAUAUUGUGUGUAAUUCUCCAAUGAUGCCGAAUUUGUGAACGGGCUAUGUUGAUCUAGUAAUGCAUCUUGAGACAAGUUUUAAGCCAAUUUUUAACCUCAUUGUGUGAUUUCAUUACGAUGUAUAUAUGUAACUUCGCCGUUCAUUCUCCACUAGUGUUUCGUGGGUUAAGUUUUUUUUAGGUUUUGUUUUUGUUUUUGAUGAUUAGAUGUUUACGUUCUCUAAAAUAGUUAUUUUUUAA